CACAAGUUCAAAAUGUCUAUGACACUCGAGGACGCGAAUGCCACUCCGCGGCAGCCAAAGCCAUUCCCAAACAUUCCAGACAAUGUCCUGCAACAAUUCAGCAUGAAGGGCAAAGUUGCUGCCAUCACUGGUGCCUCUGCAGGUAUUGGGUGGGCCGCAGCUGAGGCUAUCGCUGAAGCAGGUGGUGAUGUUGCUCUCCUCUACAAUUCGAACGACGAAGCAAUCUCAAAAGGCGCCAAGCUUGCCGAACUGCACGGCAUUCGUGCGAAGGCCUACCAGCUAGAAGUGUCGAGCUCUGAUCGAGUUGACAAGGUCGUUGAACAAAUAGUCGCAGACUUUGGAAGACUAGAUGUCUUUGUUGCAAAUGCGGGAAUGGCUAUUUCGAAGCCACUUCUCGAGACCUCUGAUGAGGAGUACAGGAAGCAAAUGGAAGUGAAUACCGAUGGUGUCGUGUGGCAAGCUCGUGCUGCAGGCCAAGUAUUCAAGAAGCAAGGAUUCGGCAACCUCAUCAUCACAGCUAGUAUUUCAGCACACAUCGUCAAUGUGCCUGUCGAUCAGCCAGUCUACAAUGCAACAAAGGCAGCCAUUAGGCAUCUCGGCAGAUCUCUCGCUCGAGAAUGGCGGGACUUUGCUCGCGUCAACAUUGUCUCGCCUGGCUUCUUCGAUACCAAGAUGGGCGCUGCCCCGAAAGUGCAAAGCGAGGCUUACAGAAUGACGCCGCUUGGUCGACAAGGUCAUGUCCGAGAGAUCAAAGGCUUGUACCUUUACCUCGCUUCAGAUGCCAGCUCAUACCAGACUGGCAGCGAUACAAUCAUCGAUGGUGGCUACACGCUGCCUUAGAGCCACGCACAUCAGAAAUUGAGAAAUUGAAAAAUCGAAUACUCGGUCCAGAUACCUGGUUUCGCCUAAGUCUCCGGC